UUUCUCUCUCCUCCAGAAAUCUCCUCCCGUUGCCUCUCGCUCUGGCUGGCUGGCUUUUCCCCUCACGAUUUCCGUUCCCUUGUCUGUCUCCGGGUCCCCGCAUCUCCGCUCCCCUGUAAUCCGGCCGGCCGUGCUCCUCCCGUCGCGCGCCGGCAUUGCCCAUCUGCCCGAGGGCGUGCCUGCAGUUCACUAGCUCCGCCUGCUUCUUCACUCGCUGUCUCCGUGGUCAGCCGGCCCCCGGAUGCGCGUGCGUCGUGUAGCGGAAGGCCGGAGGGUGGUGGUGCCGGUGAGGUGAAGACUCGGGCGAGGGAGGAGGAGGAGGGGCAGCGGAAUGGGGUUCUGGGUGGGGAUGGUGCUGGGGAUUGCGGCGGGCGUCGCCAUCAUCGUCGGCUUCGCCCGCUCCGAGAACUCCCGCGCCGCCCGGCGCCGACAGCUUGCUGCUACUGUUGCUAGUUUUUCAAAAAUGACAAUCGAGGAUUCGCGAAAGUUACUCCCAUCUGAUCUGUACCCUUCGUGGGUUGUUUUCUCAGCGCAGCAAAAGUUAAAAUGGCUUAAUCAAGAGUUGACAAAGAUUUGGCCGUUUGUAAAUGAGGCUGCAUCAGAACUGAUCAAAACCUCUGUAGAGCCUGUUCUUGAGCAAUAUAGGCCAAUAAUCAUAGCCUCCCUGAAGUUCUCAAAACUCACUCUUGGAACUGUUGCACCACAGUUUACCGGUAUUUCCAUCAUUGAGAAUACUCAGGAAUCAGGUAUUGUCAUGGAGCUAGAGAUGAAUUGGGAUGCCAAUCCAAGUAUCAUACUUGAUGUAAAAACUAGACUUGGUGUGGCACUUCCAAUACAGGUGAAGGACAUUGGCUUUACAGGAAUUUUUCGCUUGAUUUUCAAACCACUUGUUGAAGAGCUACCUUGCUUUGGAGCUGUUUGCUUUUCUCUACGAAAGAAGAAAAAGCUGGAUUUCAGACUGAAGGUCAUUGGUGGUGAAAUUUCUGCUAUACCUGGAAUUUCAGAUGCUCUUGAGGACACUAUAAAAAAUGCUAUUGAAGAUUCAAUAACAUGGCCAGUAAGGAAAGUCAUUCCUAUAAUACCUGGGGACUACAGUGAUUUGGAACUGAAGCCUGUUGGUACAUUGGAAGUCAAACUGGUGCAAGCAAGAGAUUUGACAAACAAAGAUCUGAUAGGAAAAUCAGAUCCUUUUGCCAUUGUAUAUGUCCGCCCAUUGCCAGACAAAAUGAAGAGAAGUAAAACAAUUAACAAUGAUCUUAACCCUAUCUGGAAUGAACACUUCGAGUUUAUUGUUGAAGAUGCCAGUACUCAAACUGUAACGGUGAAGAUUUAUGAUGACGAUGGUAUUCAGGAAUCUGAUCUGAUUGGCUGUGCUCAAGUCAGGCUACAGGAUCUACAACCAGGGAAAGUGAAGGAUGUCUGGUUGAAGCUUGUAAAAGAUCUGGAGAUUCAAAGGGACAGGAAAGACAGGGGCCAGGUGCAUCUUGAGCUGCUCUACUGUCCAUUUGACAUGAAGGAUGAAGCUCCAAAUCCUUUCGCACCACAGUUUUCUAUGACUUCCUUGGAGAAGACAAUGACGAGUAUGGAAAACGGAUCAGGAGGAUCUAGUUUUGAUAUGAUGUCUUCAUCAAGGAAGAAAAAGGAAAUUAUCAUGCGGGGGGUUCUGUCAGUAACUGUGAUAUCCGGGGAGGAUUUGCCGGCAAUGGAUAUGAACGGAAAGUCCGACCCAUAUGUUGUACUUUCUCUCAAGAAGACAAAAACAAAGUACAAGACAAGGGUUGUGAAUGAAAGCUUGAACCCAGUCUGGAACCAGACUUUCGACUUUGUUGUUGAAGAUGGCUUACAUGAUAUGCUUAUAUUGGAAGUAUAUGAUCAUGACACAUUCCGGAGAGAUUACAUGGGGCGGUGCAUCCUGACCUUGACAAAAGUCAUGUUGGAAGAAGAGUAUGAGGAAAGCUUCAACCUGGAGGGGGCAAAGAGCGGGAAGCUGAACUUGCAUCUGAAGUGGUCGCCACAACCAAUCAUGCGUGAUACACGGGAAGAGGACAGGUUCAGAUAAGCCCAGAAGGGCAGUAGGUGUGGACUCAUGGGUGCACGUCUGGUUUUUGAGGUUGGGGCAGGGGUGGGUGAUUGCUGUCCAUGGUUCUGGCUCGGUUCUUCUGAGACCUGCGUGGUUCAGCACUUGUCAUUUUUUCAUGUGCAAAUUGCUCUGUUUAUACAUGCACCUGUUAUUUUGCGAUCAGUUAGCUCGAGGCCUGCUGGUCGCAAUAGUAUAUGUGCAUCUUCUUUAUAACACCAUGAUCAAAGUAGAAAUGUGUAAAUCAGGAAUCUAGUGGAAAUAAGCUGAGCUGUUGAAGCAACGAGUAAUGGUUACCAUCAA